AUGUAUAUAUCUAUUUAUACAUAUAUAUUUUUCUUUCUUUUUAUCUAUCUUUUCUUAUCUAUCUAUACAAAUAUAUAUUUCUUUCUUUUCAUCUAUUUCUUUAUCUUUUUAUCUAUAUAUUUUUUCUUUCUUUUUAUCUAUCUUUCUUUCUUUUCUCAUCUAUCUAUCUAUCUAUCUAUCUAUCUAUCUAUCUAUCUAUCUAUCUAUCUAUCUUUCUUUGUUUCUGUUCUCAUCUAUCUAUAUAUCUAUCUAUCUAUCUAUCUAUCUAUCUAUCUAUCACAACGAAAGUGUGUUCAUUCUCUCAUUCUAUCUAUCCUAUCCGUUCUCAUCUCUAUCCAUCUAUCUAUGUUUCUUUUCUCAUCUAUCUAUCUAUCCAUCUAUCUAUCUAUCUAUCUAUCUAUCUAUCUAUCUAUCUAUCUCAUCCCUUUCAUUUCAUCUAUCUAUUCAUCUAUCUAUCUAUCUAUCUAUCUCAUCCCUUUCUGCAUAUCUAUCUAUCUAUCUAUCUAUCUAUAUAUAUCUAUCUAUGUAUCUAUCUAUCUAUCUAUAUAUAUAUAUAUAUAUAUAUAUAUAUAUAUAUAUAUAUAUAGUUAA